GUGUACAAGAUGUAUUUUCGUUCAAGCGCAGUGGGCCUACUCCGGUCGCUAUUUUUCGGAAAUGUGCGUUGUUACGCGGGUGUAUAUCAAAAAAAUUCGCAUCUCAAACCUGCAACGGCAACAAUUGAAACAGUUAAAGCCAAACUUGCAAUGAAUAUUAUACCGACAGUGGAGGAAUGGAAAAACAUUCGUACGAAUAUUCUUAGCGAGCGAAGCUUCAAUAACACCAACGUCGAUAGCGUGGUUUUAGGAUUGUGCCCUAAUCUAAGGAUUGGAAAAUCAUAUAUAGAUUAUUUACAUCAACAGGGGCUUAAAAUAAAUCUCGCUAUAGCUGGAAAAUUAUUGCGCUUGUAUAGGUUGAAGGAGGAUCAAGUGAAUGAAGAGGAUGAAGCCGAUAUCUGGCGCAUUUACAGCGAUCUUCGUGUUCAAAAUCCAAUCCUUGAUGCAUAUACUUGCGAGCAUGCUAUUAACGCCCUUACAUUAACGAAGCACUGGAAACAUAGUCUGGAGCUUUUAGAAAUGAUCAAGAUCAGUGGAACUCCAGAUAGCUCGUCGUACAACUGUAUAGCUGCCAAAUCAUUCAUGUCUGGUGACGAGUCUAUCGGAUGGAAAAUGCUUUGUGAAAUGUGCAUAAAUAAACGUAUCCCCAAUGAUGACUGUUUUCUAGCCUGGUUGGAUUACAGUCGAAGAAAAGAUCAAAUAUUCUCAAACAAUUUACAGAGAAUGCUACAAUUCACCAGCGAUCAUUCUGUAUUCCUGUCGAAAAGGGUUGGAAAGGCGCUUCUUUCGUUGCCGAAGGAGCUUGGCAUUAGCGCGCAUGAAACACGAAUAACAGACAAUGGCAAAUGCUCUCAUUGUAAAGGUAGCCUUUCUAGCAUCGUUGUACCCCAAGAAAUGUUUCAAGAGCUAAGAGAUAAAUUCAUCGAAGCUGUUUUUAUCAGAAAAGAAAUCUUUAAUCGUACCACUCCAGAAGAGUUAAAACGCUUUCAAAGUUUUCUUAGCAAAACGAUACCUUACGAUGUGGUGAUCGACGGUUUGAAUGUUGCGUUCUCUUCUGGAAACCAGAAAAAUCCAGCAGUUUAUUCCCAACAGGUUGCCGCCGUCGUUCGUCAUUAUGUGAGACAAAAAAAACGUGUUUUAGUGAUCGGCAGGCAACAUAUGGACAAAUGGCGUUCGAAAGAGAUGAAAUAUAUUCGAGAAAACAGUUUUUUAUUCCUUACUGAAGAUCUUUCGCACGAUGAUCCUUUCCUUCUACAUGCGGCCUUGGAGAGUGGUCCAAAUACUGAUUUCUUUUCAAGAGAUCUUAUGAGAAAGCAUUCGUUUAUGUUAGGUGAUCAUCUAAGUGUCGUAUUUAAGCGCUGGCAACAGGAGCAUCAAUAUUCGCUGCUCUCUGUGCUAUCAGAUGGGCGAGUUAUGAUUAAAUCGCCAUUUAAGUAUGAGCUUUACGCCCAUAAGUCCUGUGAUAACCGAUGGCAUGUUCCCUUGGUAGAAAAUGGAUACCGUAUUCCGAAAGUUGAAAAACAAAAUGAUUGGCUUUGUAUGAGUAUAAAAUAAUUUAAAGUAGAAUAAAUCUUGAA